AUGGAAUCCUCGCCUCUUGAAUCAUCUAUAGUCGAACUGAACAACGUCGGUUUGGCUCACUUUCUAUCCGGUGACUAUCAAAGGGCCAUUGAUUCCUUAGGAAUGGCCUGCCAUGUUAUUGAUCGAUUCCAGUCCCAGCCUAUCGAUGGUUAUUCAGUUCCCAAUGGUCCACAACAACUCUAUUCAGCUUGUGAUGAUGGCAUUUCGAGUACAAUGAAUCAAUAUAUUGAUCAAGUUCUUAGAAAGACACCCCCAUCAAAGAAUCCCGAACCCUCUAAUUUUUCGAACUCUUCCUCCGGCACGAUCCACUCCUUGUACAACAGAGGACUGGUCAUGGCCACGGGCCAAUGUGGCCAUAUACUAACAGGAGAAUACCUGCAUUGCACCAGUGCCGUGAUUCUGUACAAUUUAGCGCUAGUCUACCACAACAUGGGGGUUCGGCAGGGAAUAUCCGCUGCUCUUCCGCAUGCACUGCAAAUGUACGAGUCUGCCUUUCAUCGGCUGAGACGAGUCACUUGUAUAGUGGAAUGCCACAAACUAUUGCUGGCGAUACUGAAUAACAUGGGCAAUAUCUUUGCACAGUCCUUCCAAGUGGAUCAUACUGUGGAAUGCUUCAAGCAGCUACGCCAAGCUCUGUCUAUUCCCAAUCCAUCAAUGGACGUGGACGAAGACUACAUAUUCUUUCUAUUGAAUGCACUGUUUCAACCGAAAGAGCUUUGUUUUGCUCCUGCCGCAUAG